AUGCUGGCGGUGGUUGGUUUGCUCUUCUACAGGCUUCUCUGUCUUUUGGGUUACGGUUAUGUUGCCUACUGGACUUUUGAAAAUCAUCCUGUAAAAUCCUCGUUGAAGAACAACCUUUUACACGUCCUUUACUAUGCCUUGGCGGUCCUUCUUAUUCCGACCAGAUACAAUAAGCUGAAGAGUAUUCUCUCUUGCGUGGCUCUUACAACUUCCACAGUAGUGUCGGUUCUCUUCUGGGGCAUCGAUUACUUCGACAGGUCGCUCCUGAUUGAAUCGAAAGAGUUGGAGAACUUACCAUCUUGGUAUUUGCACGUCACGCACACAGUUAUCAGCCUCACUGCAAUGCUUGACGUUCUCUUUUCGCGUCCUCAGCCAGUGCCUUUAUGGAAGGCCUUUACCAUGAUCCUAACCUACUACUUGGGUUAUGUUUCCUAUGUCGAAUACUUGAUAUACGGACACAGGAUUUAUCCUUAUCCUCUGCUGAGGCAGUUCACGUUUACUGGUCGUUAUCAGUUCUAUGGGGUCGUUAUCUGUGUCAUCAUCCUGGUCUUCGUCGUCUCUUGCUUGUUCAUAAGAGCCGUUUCCUGCUACCGGCAUAGCAAACCGAGGAGGGACAAAUCAAAAAAUAAAAAAUCGCAACAUCAGCAACAGCAUCAGCAGCACCAACAUCCACAGAAAUUGUCUCAGACGUCCCCUACAAAUGGUAUUCUUGUUGCUUCGAAUUAG